GUGCGGGCUGCCUUUCACCGCCUGGCCAAGCGCACCCACCCAGAUAUGGUGCCGCCCGGCAUGCGAGGCAAAGCCGAGGCGGAGUUCAAAAAGAUCCUUGAGGCCUACCACUUGUUGUCUACUCGCCCAGCCAGAUAUCACCCGAUGAGAAGGCACUCCCCUCCUUCCUCUCCCACUUCCACUCACACGACCACGAGCACGGCUAGAGCAGCAGGAAUGGGAGCAAGAAUGGCAGGGGGGGCGGGAAGCGGUGUGCUUCACGGCAGUGCAGUACCCCGGGGCAGCAUGUCUCACUAUGGCCUUGUAGCGCUGCCCUUUGUGCUCCUUGUGCUCGGCACCGUCUCUCUCGGCACAUCCUGCCUUGUAUA